CAGUCGACGAGUCAAGAGCGAACGCCUAGCAUACCAUUGGAGCAAGCAGCCAAUCCAACUUUCAACAUUAUGGUGGGUGACCCGGUCAAGAUUGGUGAUCUGACUUCAGCGCACACAGUCUACAAGGUUUCUACGAGAACAACCUCCAAAGCAUUCAAAGCCCCAGAAUGCAGUGUCACGAGACGGUUUCGUGACUUUUUAUGGCUCUACGAUCAGCUCAAUCGAUCCUGUCCAGGUGCCAUUGUUCCACCACCACCAGAGAAGCAAGCCAUGGGCAGAUUUUCCGAGAAUUUCGUUGAAGCACGUCGGUAUGCGCUUGAACGGAUGCUAGAAAAGAUUGGCAAGCAUCCAGUGCUCCGAGGUGAAGCAGAUUUCAAGCUGUUUCUAGAGAGCGAGACGUUUGCGAAUGAUGUCAAGCACCGGCCUGUUGACCCACGAACAGCUCAAGAGCACUCACGCGGCUUUCUGGGUUUGGGUGGUGCGUUCUCCAUGCCAGGCAAGUUCAUCGAGUCUGAUGAAUUCUUUGAGCAGAAGAAGGCACAAUUCGAUUUGCUCGACAGUCAACUGAAGCACCUCUCAAAAGCGGUCGACGUCGUCAUCAAGCAGCGGCGCGAUCUCGCACACACGACUUCAGAAUUCGGCGCGGCGUUAUCAGCACUCAGCACAGUGGAGCUCUCGCGUUCUCUCUCGAAUGCGCUUGGUUCCUUGUCGGAUUUACAAAUCAAGAUUCAAGAGUUGCAUGAACGGCAGGCACAGCAAGAUUUAUUGACCUUGGGGCAUACAGUUGAGGAAUACCAGCGCCUGAUUGGGUCUGUCAAGACAGCUUUGUCGAGUCGUCAAAAGGCUUGGUUUGCUUGGCAGGAUGCGGAUGCGGAUGCAGCGAAAAGGCGAAGCACGAGUGAAAAAAUAAAGCGACAGGCCAAGACGCAGCAAGAUCGUUUGAAUCAAGUGGAUGCAGAGCACACUGAAGCGGAGCGGAAAGCGCAUGCACUCAAACUGGCGUUUGAGCAAGUCGGACGAUUACUGCGUUCUGAGCUACAACGGUUCGAGAUGGACAAAGUGGAAGAUUUCAAGACAUCCUUGGAGAUGUUCCUUGAAUCCGCUGUUGAGGCACAGAAGGAGGUGAUUGAGCAUUGGGAGUUUUAUCAUGAUUUGCUCAUGCAGGAGCUCGAGGAGGAU